UUCUGGGAUGCAGAAUUUAACUAGCCGUAAAUUGAGCAGAAAUUCUACACGCAGUCCAGAGCACAGCGCUCCCGCCCCUGACACCCAACCGGCCAAUAAGCGGAGUGGACGUUCUCACUUGUUUUGUAGUGACGCACGGUUCGCGGACUUCGUUCGGAAGUUUCUGUGUGUGAAAGCAAAACAUCAUCCAUGCGUCAGUCUGUUUUCUUCCGGGUCUCGGUUGUGCUGGAUCCUGUACCAGUGGUCAGAAGUCGAGAGGCUGCGUAAACCCUGAGGUGUUAGGAAAGCAGACAUAUUUUAAUAAUGCUGCACAGGUAGAGCUAGACUGAAAAGAUCACAUGACUCCCUUACUUUUCAAGUUCCAAACACGACAUCCUCUAGUCCUGUAGUAAUAAUAAUAUUAAUAAUAAUAAUAAUAAAGUUUCACUUUCCUUUUCAAUUUGCACUGAUGGUCGUGUAGGUGGAGUUACGUGAAGCGAUCUUAAAUAACUUAAACGGCUAAAUUCCAGCCUGAACAGUUAUUGGUUGAGCUUUACAUAACUUCCACUUACUACACGGACCGAAUGAAGUGGAGCGUACAGCGUGCAGAGAUGCGCCCGGCUGAGCUAUCCCCAGUAUGACCAUGGAGGUGACAAGCACGGGCGGCAGGCACAACCCGCUGGCAACUGCCAGCUUUUUUUCAAGAGUUUUUUUGUGCUGGUUAACCCCUUUGCUGCAGCUUGGCCAAAAGCGAAGACUUGAGGAAAAUGAUAUGUAUAGCAUCCUUAAAGAGGAUCAGUCUGAAGCCCUGGGAGAGGAGCUACAGAGAUUUUGGGACCGUGAAGUUAGACAUGCUACAAAGGAACUCCUGAAGCCAAAACUCACCAGAGUCCUUAUAAAGUGCUAUGGAAGGUCCUAUGCAAUGGCUGGGAUAUUUGUUUUUUUCCUGGAGACAAUCAAAGUGAUCCAGCCACUUCUUCUGGGGAAGAUAAUCCUUUUCUUUGAGAAUGGUGACCCCGAUGAUCAGAGAAGUCUUGGCAUGGCGUAUGUUUACGCUGCUGCGAUGUCCAUCUCCACGCUUGGACUGACUAUCCUCCAACAUCUCUACUACUAUCAUGUCCUAAGAACAGGCAUGAGGAUUAGAGUGGCUAUGUGUCACAUGAUCUACAGGAAGGCUCUCAGACUCAGUGCUAAAUCCAUGGGACAAACAACCACUGGGCAAAUAGUGAACCUCCUUUCAAAUGAUGUUAAUCGUUUCGAUGAGAUUACACUUAAUCUGCACUACCUGUGGGUGGGACCUCUCCAAGCAGUGGUGAUCAUUGUUUUCCUUUGGUAUGAGAUCGGUGCCUCGUGCCUGGCAGGUGUAGCAGCCAUCGCACUCAUGAUGCCGAUACAAACCUGGUUUGGAAAACUCUUUGGCAUCUUCAGGAGCAAAACAGCAGUCCUUACUGACAACAGAAUCCGUAUCAUGAACGAAGUGGUGUCUGGUAUCAGGAUAAUCAAGAUGUAUGCCUGGGAGAAACCGUUCUCAGCUCUGGUGACUGAAGUCAGAAGGAAAGAAAUUCAUCAGAUAUUAAAAAGCUCCUACCUGCGAGGACUCAACAUGGCUUCAUUCUUUGCCAGCAGCAAGAUCACAGUGUUUGUCACCUUCACUGUCUACGCCCUCCUGGGCAACACCAUCACUGCCAGCAGUGUGUUUGUCACUGCAUCCCUGUAUGGUACAAUUAAGCUCACAGUGACCCUGUUCUUUCCUCUGGCCAUUGAGAAAUUGUCAGAGACUGUAGUGAGCAUUCGCAGGAUUAAGAAUUUUCUCGUCCUGGAAGAGCUUGAAAGAAAAAAUCUCACACUGCCUUUGGAGGGAAAAAUGGAGAACGCUAUUGAAAUUGAGGCACUGACCUGCUACUGGGAUAAGAGUUUGGAUGCACCAUCUCUGCACAAUGUUUCCAUCACAGCAGAGUCACACCAGCUUCUCACUGUGAUCGGACCAGUGGGGGCCGGAAAGUCAUCUCUGCUCAGUGCCAUCCUGGGAGAGCUGCCUUAUGACACAGGCACAUUAAAGGUCAUAGGUCAAAUAAGCUAUGCAGCCCAGCAACCCUGGGUGUUCCCUGGAACCAUCCGCAGCAACAUCCUUUUCGGGAAACAACUGAAUCCUAAAAAGUAUGAGAGGGUCCUCAGAGCCUGUGCUCUGAAGAAGGACCUGCAGCUGUUCCCAGAUGGAGAUCUGACACUGAUCGGGGACAGAGGGGCCACACUCAGUGGGGGACAGAAAGCUCGUGUCAACCUGGCAAGGGCUGUGUAUGAGGAUGCAGACAUCUACCUCCUGGAUGACCCUUUAAGUGCUGUGGAUGCAGAAGUUGGAAAACAUCUUUUUGAGCAGUGUAUCUGUGGCCUGCUGAAGAACAAGUGUCGUAUCCUCAUCACACACCAGCUCCAGCAUCUGAGGACAGCUGACCAGAUCCUGGUCCUCAAGGAGGGUCAUGUCAUGGUCCAGGGAACAUACAGUGAGCUGCAGACCUCUGGCCUGGAUAUUGUGUCCCUGCUGAGAAGUGAUGCGGAGGCACAUUCAGUUGGGUCAUGUUCGGUUGACCCAGACAAAUUGUCUUUACGCAGCCAGUGGACGAUUUGCUCACAUGGGUCACACUGUUCUUCCAGCAGCCUCCUGCUACCAGACAGCAGCUGCACUGAUCAGCUUCAUGUUGAAGUUGCUCAAACUAUUACAGAAGAAACUCGAGCUGAAGGAAAUGUUAGCGGCCAUGUUUACCUUAAGUACUUCACAGCAGGCUGUAACACUUUGGUGUUAAUGGUCAUAAUACUGCUCAGCAUAAUAGCUGAGGUUGCGUAUAUCCUGCAGGACUGGUGGCUGGUAUAUUGGGCAGGGGAGGAGUUUUCUAACAGCACAGCCACUGCUGUUAGCGUGGACAGUGGAAUGGAUGUUACUAGCUCAUUUCGAAAGUUUGAUCUCACUUUUUACCUCAGUAUUUAUUCAGGUUUGACAGCAGCAGCUGUGGUCUUUGGUUUUGCCAGGAGUUUGGUGAUAUUUCACGGGCUGGUGAGAUCAGCUCAGACUCUGCACAACAGCAUGUUUAGUGCUGUUCUCCACACCCCGGUUACCUUCUUUGAUGUCAACCCCAUAGCGCGGAGUCCAGUCUUCUCCCACCUGUCCUUGUCUCUUCAGGGUCUUUCCACCAUCAGAGCCCUCAAGGCUGAGGAGAGGUUAAAGAAGGCAUUUGAUGCCCAUCAGGACCUGCAUUCAGAGGCGUGGUUUUUGUUCCUGAUGACCUCCCGCUGGUUUGCACUACGCCUUGACAGCAUUUGCUCCAUAUUCAUCACUCUCACAGCAUUUGGCUGCAUCUUACUCAGACAUGGCCUGGAGGCUGGAGAGGUGGGCCUUGUGCUGACCUAUGCUGUAACACUGAUAGGAAACUUCCAGUGGACAGUGAGACAAAGUGCAGAGGUGGAGAACAUGAUGACAUCAGUGGAGAGGGUGGUGGAGUACACUGAGCUAAAGAGUGAAGCACCCUUAGAAACUCAGAAGCGUCCUCCCCCUGAUUGGCCGAGCCAAGGAAUGAUAACAUUUGAUCGAGUGAACUUCUUUUAUAGCAAGGAUGGACCACCAGUCCUCAAAGACAUCAACGCCACGUUUCAACCCAAAGAGAAGGUCGGUAUUGUGGGUAGAACAGGAGCGGGGAAAAGCUCUCUGGUCUCGGCUCUGUUUCGCCUGGCAGAGCCCCAGGGAAAGAUCUACAUCGACGGUAUUGUGACCUCUGAGAUCGGCCUACAUGACCUGCGCCAGAAGAUGUCCAUCAUUCCUCAGGACCCAGUUCUCUUUACUGACAGUGUGAGGAAGAACUUGGACCCUUUCAACCAGCACACUGAUGAAGACCUGUGGAAAGCUCUGGAAGAGGUACAGAUGAAGUCUGUGGUGGAGGAGCUGCCUGGGAAGCUGGAGACUGUCCUGGCUGAGUCAGGCUCCAACUUCAGCGUGGGCCAGAGGCAGCUGCUGUGCCUGGCCAGAGCAGUCCUGAGGAAGAAUCGCAUUCUCAUCAUCGACGAAGCCACGGCCAACGUUGACCCAAGGACAGAUGAGCUGAUCCAGAAAACCAUUCGGGAAAAGUUCAGAGACUGCACUGUGCUCACCAUCGCUCAUCGCCUCAACACCAUCAUAGACAGCGACCGUAUACUGGUGCUGGACAGUGGCACCAUCCAGGAGCUGGACUGUCCUUUCACUCUGCUGCAAAACAAGGAGGGUGCUCUCUACAAGAUGGUGCAAGAGAUGGGCCAGGCUGAGGCAGCGGCUCUGCUGGAGUCAGCAGGAAGGUGCGGUCUACUUCCAACAAGUCUCUCUCACACCCAAACAGAGAAGUUAAACUGUGACGUGGAGUGAAACACUGGAAUCAGCUGAACUCUUGCAGCAACCUCUGAGCACCGCGAGCUCCUCCUGCCUCCAACUGUGUGCAACGACUGGGGCGUUUGAUGUUUUUUAUGCUUUGAUCUUAUUUGAUCUGUGUCUGUUUUUAAGUUAUGUUGAAAUCAUAAAUUAUGGUUACAUUGUCACAUGUGAACAAGCUACUCUGUAAGAUCUGUAAGCUUCAGAAUUUGACCUUGAAUUCCCCAACCGUUAUACUUUUUGUACACGAAUUUUCAUAAAGUUCAUGUAAUUUGUAA